AUGCAUCCAAUGCCAAGAUAUCUCAUGGAGAAAGAAGGAAACGUGUGCAGACUGACCAUCAAAGUGUGCAGACCCGAUGAUGAAUGUGAAUAUGCUUGUGGAAUAGACGAGAGAAGAACCAGAGCCAGACUCUUUGUUGAAGAGACGCCGGUGGAGAUCGUCAGACCACCACAGGACGUGUUCGAACCCCCGGGCUCGGACAUCGUGUUCGAGGUGGAGCUGAACAAGGACAGAGUGGAGGUGAAGUGGAUGAGGAACAACAUGAUCAUUGUCCAGGGAGACAAGUACCAGAUGAUCAGCGAGGGUAAAGUCCACAGACUGCAGGUGUGUGAGAUCAGACCUCGAGACCAGGGCGAGUACAGAAUCGUCGCCAAAGACAAAGAUGCCAAGGCCAAGCUGGAGCUGGCAGCUGUUCCCAAGAUCAAAACCACUGACCAGAAUCUGGUGACGGACGCCGGUAAACCUUUCCUCAUGAGUGUGCCCUACGAUGCUUACCCUCGUGCCGAUGCUGAGUGGUUCUUUAAGGGCUCGAGUCUGCCUGUCCAGAACAUCGACACCUCCACUGACAAGACCGAGUUCCGUUUGAAGAGCCCCAGCAAGGAGGACCAGGGCCGCUACAAAGUGCUCAUCAAGAACAAGCACGGCGAGGGCGAAGCGUUCAUCAACCUGGAUGUGAUUGACGUCCCUGGACCUGUCAAGAACCUGAGAGUGGUCGACACAGCUAAUGGAGAGGUCAGUUUGGCCUGGGAGGAGCCUGAGAGCGAUGGUGGAAGCAAGAUCAUUGCUUACGUUGUGGAAAGACGCGACGUGAAGCGUAAGACCUGGACUCUGGCAACAGAUCGUGCUGAUGCUCUAGAGUACUGUGUUGGCGGCCUCCAGAAGGACAGUAUGUACCUGUUCAGAGUCUCUGCCAGAAACAGAGUCGGCAGUGGACCCACUGUCGCCACCGAGGACCCUGUUCAGGCCAAGAACAAGUUCGACGUUCCUGACGCUCCAGAGACUGUCACCGUGGCCAGCGUGAACAAGUUCGGUGCCACCGUCACCUGGGAGCCUCCCAAAUUUGAUGGUGGCUCUGAGAUCACCGCCUAUGUGAUAGAGCUUCGUGACAGGACCUCUGUAAAGUGGGAGGCAGCCCUGGUCUGCAGCUCUGUCGACCGUUCGGCUGCACUGAACGAUGUAGUGGAGAACAAAGAGUACAUCUUCAGAGUCCGAGCAGAGAACAAGGCCGGCAUCGGAAGACCCAGCGCUGCCACAAACCCCGUCAAGAUCAUGGAUCCCAUUGAGAGGCCGAGUCCACCACAGAACAUGAACUACAGCGACCAAAUCAGUUCAGCCGUCACACUGACCUGGGAGACGCCCACCAGCAAUGGUGGUAGCAUGAUCACUGGCUACAUCAUUGAGAAAUGUGAUGAAGGCAGUGAUAAGUGGCUCCGCUGCAACGCCAGACUGUGUCAAGAUCUUUCCUACAGGGUGUCUGGUUUGAAACCAGGUCAGAAGUAUCUCUACAGGGUCUGUGCUGAGAAUGCCGCCGGCCUCUCAGAUCCAGCCGAGAAGCUUGGACCGCUGCUGGCUGACAACCCUCAUGUUGGUCCAGGCUUUGACCUCAGUGCCUUCAGGAACGGCUUAGAGGUCAUCGUUCCUCAGCCUCUAACCAUCAGAGUUCCGAUCUCCGGAUACCCGACACCCAGUGCCAAGUGGACCUUUGGAGAGAAGGAGCUGAUCACAGCAGACGAACGUGUCUCCAUGGUAACGAAGCCCACGUUCACGGAGCUGACAGUCAUGCCGAGCGUCCGUCCAGACAAAGGCACCUACGCACUGCAGCUGGAGAACGAUGUGUCUUCUGUGUCCGGAGAGAUUGAAGUCAAUGUCAUCGCAUGCCCCAGUGCUCCUAAGGACUUCAAGGUGGCUGAGGUGACACGUCACCACGUCCACCUGAUGUGGGAGGUGCCAGAGCACGACGGAGGAAGUCCCGUUACCCACUAUCAGAUCGAGAAGAGAGAAGUGUCUCGCAAGACCUGGGCCAAGGUGGCGACUGGCAUCCUGGACCUGGAGCACACGGUGACAGAUGUGAUUGAAGGGAAGGAGUAUCUGUUCAGUGUCAUCGCCUGUAACAAGUGCGGCGCCGGUGAACCGGCGUACAUCGACGAGCCCAUUAACGUCUCUUCUCCUGCCACCGUUCCUGAUCCUCCUGAGAACCUGAAGUGGCGUGACAAGAGCGGCAAGAGCAUCUUCUUGUCCUGGGAGCCUCCGAAGUACGACGGCGGUUCCCACCUCAAAGGAUAUGUUGUUGACAAGUGUCAGCGUGGAACCGAUAAGUGGGAACCGUGUGGUGACCCCAUCCCUGAGCUCAA